AUGUCAAACAGCUAACUUCAUAUUUAGUUGAAUGAACUCCUUAAAUGUUCUGAGUGCUUUUGCUCAGUGCUUAGUAAAGAUUUCAAAUUAUCAAAGUGCUGCAAUACCUUAAUAUGUGAUUAGUGUAUUAUUAGCCAAAAAGAUGACAAAGAAAAUAGCACUUAGACAUUGGCUAUUUAAGCUAAGAAUCUUAAUCAGACAGUUUCCUAUGACUAAUCCUGCUAAAAAUGCCACAUUUAGAGAGUUAAAUAUACCAGAAAGAGUUCUUAUCAUCUUCUCUCAACUUUAGCCAAUAGAUACUUGCAAGAUUAGUAAUUGAUUUAAUAAAAAAAUUGCCAAAGAUGUGAAGAAUAGGAUGCCACAGAAGUUAGAACUUAAUUAGAAUAAUAAUAGAAAAAUUUAAUUAACUAGGUUGAUAAAUACUACGAUUAAAAAAGCAGUAAAGUCAAUUUAAACUAUCAGGCAUUGACAAAGCAGUAACAGUAAAAUGACUUUAUUACUUAAAUAUGCUAAUUCAUUUCAGGUAAUGUUUAUAAAUAGCAGAACAAGAUAAUAAUUAGUAACCUUGAGUAGGCAUUUUCAAAUGAUAUCAAUUUCGAACAAGACUCUGACACUUUUAACAAGCAAAUUAAGCAUAUUUCCUCUUUUAUAGAUGAAAACUUAUCCAAUAUGAAGAAGCUAGUCGUUUAGUUUGAAUCAAAUAUCGAUCUUAAGUUAGAUAGUGAGGAGAUCAAUCAUGAUGAUUAGCAAAGAUUUGAUUUCUAACAGAUGAUUUAAAGAGAGCAGUCGCAUGCUAAAUUUGACAGCUUAUGCAAUAUAUCAUAAGUAUAAGAUUCCGUCUAGAGUCAGAAGAAGUCAGACUACAAGCUGCAUUUGGAAUCUUCAAUGGUUAUAACAGAAAAUCAGGAAUCCAAGAUCCUUAGAGAAAGUAAUAUGCACUCGUAGCAGAAGAUUAACUAAACUUACUGCGCCAUUGAUAAGGGUGAUUUAAUAAAGUCAGAAGCAGAGAAUGAUGAGGAUUCAAUUUAUAAGCCUUAAAAUUCAAAGGUUAUUCAGACAUAAAGAGAUAUCAGAGCGUCAGCUGGGAAUCUAUUCUCAAACUCUCUAAAGAAUAAGAGCAUUCUUAACAGAUAAAGCUCUAGCCAGACCAGUAAUAGCUCUAUGAAUGUAAAUGCCUAAUUAAAGAACUAGAAUUCAAAAAAGUUAGUUACGAAUAUUAGCUCAAAUUAACCACUCGAGACCUCAAUAAAUAUUGUCAACAAUCUCAACUUUUCAACUCAUCUAGAAAAGGUGACAAGCAUACAAGUUUCUUAAAGAGGUUCAGUUAAAAACUUCUCAAAUUAGAGCAACCUAAAUAACUCUGGUACUUUCUAGGGAUCUGCCUCAUCCAGAUAAAACAGCUCUAUGAGAAACAAGCUUAGCAAUUUCGCUUCAAAUUCUACAGCUACUCCUGCUACUCAAAGAAAUUAAAACAUCAAUGACUAUCUGUCUCAGCCAAAUUACUCGAGCAAUCCUAAUCAAUCUAUUGAUCAAAGACAUUAGAGUUCUCAAAGCUCAGUUCGUAGAAGCAGAGGAGAGGUGGGAAUGAGUCAAAGCAGAAGACUAGCCUCAUAAGCAGAUAAGGAGGCUGAGGAGUAAGCAAGGGUUGAGAAGGAAUAAAUGGAAGUUUUGAACAAAGAUCCUCUAAGUGUUAGGAAGUUCACUAAUAUUUGUGUCACAUCGAAUGCCAUUUAAGUUUCAUGGAAUCAUCCUAAUUAAUUGAUGAAAGACAAGAAGGCUUUACUUUAUGAACUUCAGUAUGGAAUUGGAAAUAAGGUGAAUAAUAAGGAAUAGUUCAGAAAGAUCUACCAAGGCAAAGCUCACAGAUGCAUCAUCACAGAUUUGAAUUCAAAGACAAAUUACAGAUUUAGAGUGGCACCUAUCAUUUAGAAGACUAAAGAGGAAGGAGGUAAUUAAGUAGGAGUGUGGAGUGAGCCUAUUACUGUCCAAACUAAGGAUAUUCAGAACUUCGACCCAAACACGUUUGGGAAUUGCGCCUAGCUAAUAAGUAAAAAUCCAACUUAAUCUUCUGGAUAAAGCGCCACCUUCCAAGAGAGACUGAUAAAUUUUACUCAAGCUGGUACCAUAGCCUCGAUCUAUGGCUAUUCAUUCGGUGAGCAUUUGUGGUCAUUCAGAAUUAAGUUUGAAGAAUAGCUGAACCUGGCUAACUCAGAUCUUUCAGGAAUUAUGAUAGUGGGAGUUAUCAAUAAAAAGUCAUCAGUUGUCAGUAACAAACUUUAUGGAGGCAUAGUAAACUACACUCUUCAAGGAGGAGAUAUUUUGGUUAAAGUCUAUCUAGAUGCCAACAAGAGAACAAUGACAAUAUUUACAAGUUCAAAGCCUGAGGGCGAAGUCUUCACUGAUUUGCCAAAAGAUGGCCUGUUUUAUCCAGCCAUUCAAAAUAAGACUCAGAAAUUCUCCAAAAAUGCUAAGCUCUAUGUGGGAUAUAAAUUUGAUUUGCCCAUUCCAAGUGAUAAGCAAAAGAUUAAACUAGAUGACAUUCCAGAAAAUCAGGAAUUCUUAGGAAGCAACUUUUUGGAAUAGAUCAAUGAAAUACCCUGUUAAAAAGUAGAAGUCAGUUGA